AUUGUUAAUAAUUUCUUUCGAUGAGUAGUUUAUAAAUUUAACGUAAAUUUUUUUAAAAACUUACUAUUUAUUGUGAUUAUCUAUCGUGAUUUUGGAUCGAGAAAUCUCUUCUCAUCCUAAAUUUUUUCUUCCCAAAAAAUUGAAGCCACGAAGGUCUAAGCAUCUAUUGUUGGUACCCACAAUCUCGUGGAGAAUCAGACUCCUCAGAUUUGGGCAUAUCCGAGUGGCAUCUUCAGGCUUGUGCUGGUGGGGUGGGAGUAGAAAGGGUUAAGCCUUCAAGCUAGAAAGGUUUUUUAACACCGUUAAAUCUUCCGGUAAAGUAUAACGAUAAGGCAAAAGUUUGUUCGAAAAGGUAAAGUAGAAAGAUCAACAAUAAGAAAAGAAGAGAAAAAGAGAGAAGUUGGGUCCAGUAAGACUGUAAUAAAAAGGAUAACGAGGGAAAAAUAAACCUCCCAUUACUUUUCUUCAAAAGGAUCCACUCAUUUUAGAGUAUCUAUGUUAUUCCGCCUUUCUAUCCCUUCACUACUUUGUGGCAUGUUGCUACUUCUUCAAGAACUUUUGGCUCCCCAUUUGAAUUUGGGUUCCCAUCGAUAGAUCUCUUCUUGUAUUUUCAAAAAGACUAGCGCAUUGCAUUUAAUCUCAUUUAGUUCAUUAAGAUGCAGAGAUUCAUGCCAGAUACUGGUUGAAAAUUUUCGAAGGGAAGAACAUGAGUCUAAAUAUCUAAAAUACUGGAUUUACAUCACUCCAAACAUUUCGUUCUUUUAACAAAUUGUCCUUUGUGAUGUCAAAAAGAGGAAAAGAAUACAUAAACAAACAUCUUUCUUUCUUCGGCAUUUGCAUUUAUAAAUCUACUUUCUAAAAAAACAAGGUGCUUUUUCAAAUAUAAUAAAAUAGGAGAUAAUAGUAGAUCUCUGCAUAAACAAACAAAGACAAGAAGGUGCACACAAUAACAGAGUCCCCCUUUAAAUAAAUCCAGCAAUAUCCUAUGCCUACACAUAAAGGCCAACAAAUCCCGCAUUAUGCUUGCUUAUCACACUAAAACUCAAUAAUCAAGAACAGGACCCACAGUCCAAAAACAAUUUCUCUUUUUUUUUUUUUACGGAAGAUCAAUGUCUACCUUUUUAUGCCUUACUUACUGUAAAGCAAAUGUCAAAACAAAAACAGCCUUCUGCAACACCAAUUCAUUAAUAAAUAUUUAAUUAACCAACCAACAAAUUUAAACAAUAUUAAAUACCAAAUCCCCCAACCCUCCUUCCUAAACAGCCAUCAGUAAGUUUUAGACAGUGAGGAAAAAAAAAGUGUAGAUGAUAAUACUAUUUUAAAAAAGAAUUCAGGAAAAAAAAACAAAUGAAAGUAAGAGGGAAGAGUGUGACCGUGUGAAGAGCCCACAACACAAAAUGGGAACGCUUCAAAUACUUCAUUAGCUAUAACCUUACUGUUUAUUUCUUCUGUUGCUGUCUAUCUCAGAAAUAGCACUUGCAAUUUACUGAGCUUGACUCCAGCACCGCCAUUACAUGUUUUAGAAUGGGUUGUACGGCGUCAAAGCUUGACAAUGAAGACACUGUGAGGAGGUGCAAGGAUAGGCGCCGCCUAAUGAAGGAAGCCGUUCACGCUCGACACCACCUAGCCGCCGCUCACGCCGACUACUGCCGCUCUCUCCUUUCUACCGGCUCUGCUCUCUCCUCCUUUGCUGCUGGUGAACGCCUUUCCGUCUCUGACAAAACCCCCGCCGUUCUUCUCCAUCCUGCCAACCCUUCUCCUCCACCUACCAAUCCGAUCCCUCCACGUGUCCCUCCAUCUCCCUCCCCAUCUGUCCACGCUCCCCCUCCCCCUCCCCCUCCUCCUCCUUUCUCUCCUUCGCCUUCCCCUUCUCCAACAAUCGCUAGCUCCAAACUCCCUCACAUACUCUCCGCUUCAAGCAUCCCAUCACCCGCAUCCAAUCGUCGUCGGCCACCUAAGUUACCCCCGAAACUCCCCCAUAUCUUAUCCGAAUCGAGCCCUCCUUCUUCUCCUCAAAGCUCGAAAUCUGAUUUUUCCAACUUCUUCCCAACGGCUUAUCAAGCUAAUUCCACUUACUCAACCACGCCUUCUCAAGCGUCUUCCGUUUGGAACUGGGAAAAUUUUUACCCUCCCUCCCCACCAGACUCCGAAUUCUUCGACCAAAAAUUACAGCAACGAAAGCAACAACCACCGCAACGGCUUCAUCAUUUAGAUUCUAACAACCCUGAAGAUACGGAAGACACCGAAACGGAAAAAUCAGAAUACGAUUUCUUCCGUCCACAGAAACCAAAUCACCGUUACAAUAUCAAUUCUGAUAACGCCAAGAGUAAUUUUGAUGAGGAAACCGAAAGAGAAGAAGUGCAAUGCAGUGAAUGGGGAGACCACGACCACGAUCAUUACACUAUGAGUUCAUCGGAUGAAGAGGAGGAUGACGGGGCAUCCAGAUCCGACAUUGGUGCUCGCUCCAAUUUCGGGUCCUCGAUGAGAGGGGAGUUGGAUAAGUUGCAUCAUCUUCAUAAUCAGACUCCUCCGCUGGUACAGCCGCAGCCACAGCAGAAGAUGUAUGGGACUGCCGCGAAGAAUAAAAUGGAUAAUAAGUCAGAGAAUGCGGGAUCGUCGGCGGACGGUUAUAGAACGGGUGCUAUGAUGGAUAUGAAGAUGGUGGUUAGGCAUAGGGAUUUGAAAGAGAUUGUCGAUGCGAUCAAAGAGAAUUUUGAUAAAGCCGCCGCCGCCGGAGAUCAGGUUUCGGAGAUGCUAGAGAUCGGUAGAGCUCAGCUUGAUAAAAACUUCAGGCAGUUGAAAAAGACGGUGUAUCAUUCGAGUAGCAUGUUCAGUAACUUGAGCUCGAGCUGGACUUCAAAGCCGCCGUUGGCGGUGAAAUACCGGCUUGACACGACUGCACUCAAUGAACCGGGCGGUUCGAAGAGCCUUUGUUCUACUUUAGACCGGCUCUUGGCUUGGGAGAAAAAGCUCUACAAGGAAGUCAAGGCUAGAGAAGGAGUAAAGAUUGAGCUUGAGAAAAAGUUGUCAGCACUGCAAAGUCAAGAAUACAAGGGGGAGGAUGAAACCAAGAUAGACAAUACCAAGGCAUCAAUAACAAGGUUGCAGUCACUAAUUGUUGUCACAUCUCAGGCUGUCUCUACCACCUCUACUGCCAUUAUUGGUCUUAGAGACAGUGAUCUUGUUCCUCAGCUUGUUGAAAUUUGUCAUGGCUUCAAGUAUAUGUGGGGGUCCAUGCAUCAAUACCAUGAAGUUCAGAACAAUAUUGUGCAGCAAGUCCGUGGCCUUAUAAACAGAUCAGGGAAAGGUGAUUCAACUUCUGAAUUGCACCGGCAAGCAACACGUGAUCUUGAGUCGGUUGUUGCUGCCUGGCACUCUAGUUUCUGCCGUUUGAUAAAAUUUCAACGGGAUUUUAUCCACUCCCUCCAUGGCUGGUUCAAGCUCACCCUUCUUCCUGUCAGCAAUGACAAUGUUGAUGGAAAUGCAGAGCGUGCUGAUGUAUAUGCUUUUUGUGAUGAGUGGAAACUUGCUCUUGGCCGUGUCCCCGACACAGUAGCUUCUGAAGCUAUCAAAAGUUUUAUCCAUGUUGUGCAUGUGAUAUCUGUUAAACAAACUGAAGAGCUUAAGAUGAAGAAGCGAACUGAUACUGCAUCAAAGGAGCUUGAGAAAAAGGCGACAUCUCUUCGGAACAUAGAAAGGAAGUUCUACCACUCAUACUCUAUGGUUGGUCUUGGACUUCCUGAUUCUGGGCCUGAUCAUGGGCAGGUUUUGGAUGCUCGGGAUCCCCUUGCUGAGAAAAAAUCUGAGCUUGCAGCAUGCCAAAGGCGGGUGGAAGAUGAAAUACUGAGGCAUGCCAAAGCAGUAGAGGUGACAAGAGCAAUGACUCUGAAUAAUCUUCAGACAGGCUUGCCAGGGGUUUUUCAAGCUUUGACCAGCUUUUCUGCCUUAUUUACUGAAGCACUUGAUUCAGUAUGCUCUCGCUCCUAUCAUAUCAAAUAGAUUAAUACAUUUUUUUUCCCACUUGAAUUUUUGAGGUCAGUUGAAAAUUAUAGGAGCUGGGCAUUUUUGGCUGUGAGCUCUUAUAAUUAUUGUUUUAUUAAUUUUGGGUUUUUUUAGGAAUGUGUAAAUACGUGGGAGGUCUUUUUGUGGUUUUGUCAUCUUCUAUUGUCAAUUAAAGGAAGUGUCGGUACAGGAAAUUGCUCGGAUUCUUGUAUGAAAAAAAGGUUGCAAUUUCAGCAGAUCAAUAAAAUACACUAUUCUGCCUUUUUCUC